AUGAAGCUAGUCGUCGGUGACUCGAAUGGCUUUGUAGGAGAGGAGCUUAUCCGCCAAGCUCUUAUAUGUCCAGCUAUCACGUCUAUCGUUGCCCUUAGCCGGCGCGAGACCCUCGGACAGCCUAGCUCUACGAAGCUGCAGCGUUUUAUUUGCGACAAUUUCGAAAGUUACGCCGAUAGCGUCAAGCGCGAGCUAGAGGAUACGGACACUUCAACCCGGGCUCUCGCGGAUCUACGUCACAACCAAGACCGGCCGCUCCGUUUCAUCUACAUCAGCGGUCAUUUUGCCCCGCACAGCCCGGCAGAGGUUCCGAAACAGCUACCUAAUAACGGUUUAAUCAACUACGGUCUAAUGCGAGUACGAGAAGCCGAGUCGCGGGUUCUUGCAUACGCGGAACAUUCUAAGGGUUCCGUACGGUCCUGUGUCGCUAAGCCCGGGCAUAUUGAAGUUCCGAGUUGGGAGAAGCAGAUGAUCCCUGGGCUCUCAAUCAUUGACUUGCGCGAAUUCGCAGCGGCACUACUAGACCAAGUUGUCAAUGGAUUCGAGAAGGACACGCUGCUAAACGGUGAUAUGGUCCAGAUUGGGCCGCGAGCAUUGGGUGAAGAAAAAAGCUUGAAUACUAUUUUAAACUUACUAAUAAACUGA